AUCACGAUACACAAGUACGUUCACCACCAUUAUCUAUAUGAAGUCACACAAAGGCUGGUGAAUCAGUGAGUGUUUCUUCAUGACAAUACGUUUCACUCGCUGUAGGGCAUUUUAUUGUUUCCACGAGAAACAAUGACUGACACCUAUUCAGAAACAGUACAAAAUAGUGGUGUUGAUGCUCAAGAGGAUGGAGUACACGCGGGUCAAGAUGGCGGACAAAAUGAAACACGGACACCUCGUAGUGAACGCAUCAGUGAAGGUGGAGAUCAGCCAGUUACGACUGAUGGCGGAAACAGUGAUAUCAAUGUUGACCACGUGCAAGAGGUUGAGAAAGGUGGGAUCGAAAGAGCGGAAGGAGACGGGGGGCACUCGGUUCACGCAAGGUAUUGUGGGUUGUGUGAGGAGGGUCACCAUGCGGAAGGCAGGUGCAUGAAUUGUUGUGAAGACCUCUGUACUAACUGUAUUAACUAUCACCAAAGGCUUAGAGUCACAGCUUCUCAUAAAAUCCUCCUGUUCGAGCCAGGGGCCACCAGUGAAAUUGUCGUCCCUGCCAGAUCUAAUACGAACUGUCAGAAGCACAACGAACCACUGAAGUUUUACUGCCAGACUUGUAAGCAAGCCGUGUGUAGAGACUGCAUCCUGACCGCUCACAAGGACCACAAGGCCGUAGACCUGGCGGACGAACUGGAUAAUGCUAAAAAGGAAGCAGAGCGGCUUUUAAAGAGGGUUCAGAACAGCGUCCAUCGGUCAGAAAGGGAAAUAGAGGAUUUGAGGACGUACCAUGUUGAAUUCCUGGAUAAAGUCCAGAAGGUAUCCGAUGUGAUUGACAAGCUCCAUACAGCGGUGCUCCAAAGGGUGGAGAAGUCCUACCAGGAGCUGACUCAGAUGAUAGCGUCGACCAAGGAGGAUGAAAUGAAGCGCUUGAAGCAGAUGGAGGAGUUUCUGCGACAGCGGCUGUUGUCUGCGUCUGACUUCACUGCGCUGGCUGACCACGUACUUGUCAGCCAGGAUGGGGUUGACGUCAUGGUGAAGCUUGAAAUGAUGAGGCAGUCAGUGACACCUGUCUGUCAGCUUGUCGAUUUCCAGAAGGGACAUGCUGAGUUCUUCCUGGCGAAAAACCCACGGUUUACCUGCAAUACCGCCGACAACAUUUUAGGCCGGGUGGCCUUCUCCGUGACGUGGCCCCCUGUAACCAAUAUCCCGGGGAGACGGGCAUUCAUACGAGAAAUACGCCUCAAAAGAGAAGUAGCGUUUCAUAUUUGGGAGAUGCAUUGCACCAAACCGUCGGUCAGGGGGAUCGUUGAAGGCUCCAACGGCAUUGUAUGGGUCUCUACUCCUCGAUCCCUGCUCACCAUUGGAGUCAACGGCGAACGUAAGAAUAGUGUGCAUCUUACAAGCGAUAUAGAGAGCAUUACCGGAGGGCCAGACGGGAGACUCCUCGUAGCCGUUGUACAGGGUAAUACCAACAAGAUCGUGUAUCAGGACAACUGGUCAAACUUUGCCCCAGUCCCGGGCCCCAUGCCCUCCAUAGCUAGUACCAUAGAUGGACAAAGAAUUCUGGUGCCUCAGAUGUGCCAAGGGGCUCCCAGACUUCUGAUCAUAUGCAAUCAUGGCAAGGACGUCGUUGACGUGGACCUUCCUCCGCAGCUUGCAAGCGACUUUGACAUCCCAAGCUUCAGCGUCGGACCUGACGGCGAGGUCGCUUUGUGCAUCAGUAGACGAGACAUGAUCGUUAUCCUCACUCCGUCCUUCCAGUACAAGUGUGACUACCAUGGACCAGAUGGCGUCUUGUACCCUAGGAGCGUCUGUUACGACAAACUGGGCCACCUCAUCGUUGCCGACAGCAAGAGAUGCAAUGUCCAGCUGGUCAGUAAGGAUGGACAUUUUUUGUCUUACCUGCUCAAUAAGGAGGAUUUUCAAGACAUCGGAUCGCCAACUGCUGUGACCGUCGAUAAUCGGGGGAGGCUGUGGAUUGGGACCGGGCACGGUAACGUGUGUGCCUACACCUACAUGCACGACGUUCUGUGACGACAAUGUGUGUGUGCCUACACCUACAUGCACAUCAUUCUGUGACGGCUACGUGUGUGUGCUUACACCUACAUGCACGACAUUCUGUGACGGCUGCGUGUGUGUGCCUACACCUACAUGCACAUCAUUCUGUGACGGCUAUGUGUGUGUGCCUACACCUACAUGCACGACAUUCUGUGACGGCAACGUGUGUGUGCCUACACCUACAUGCACAUCAUUCUGUGACGGCUACGUGUGUGUGCUUACACCUUCAUGCACGACAUUACGUGAUAAAAAUGUGUUUGUGCCUACACCUACAUGCACGAAUUGUGUGACAGCUAUGUGUGUGCCUACACCUUCAUGCACGACAUUCUGUGACGGCUAUGUGUGUGCUUACACCUACAUGCACGACAUUAAAGUGAUGGCAACGUGGGUGUCUGGAUCUACAUGAACGACAUUCUGUGACGACAAUCUAUGUGUACCUACACCUACAUGCACGACAUUAAAGUGAUGGCAACGUGGGUGCCUGGAUCUACAUGAACGACAUUCUGUGACGACAACAUGUGCCUACACCUAAAAGCAAGACAUCAUAAAGCGGAAAUGCCUGCUAUAUACUUUCUCGACCGAUUGUGGCAACGUCGACGCCUGAGCCUGACGACAGGUGGCACCACCGCGCGAACUUACAUGACAUUAAUGUGAUUAUAAGGAUCUUCUGUCAUACUUCCACCAUAUCAAAAGCAUAACUUAAAAAUCAUAACUUGUCUUGGGCGUGUGUCUGCAAUCCCAGUUAGAAUAUCUCUUGUGGCUAGUGAAGCUAGUCGACCUGGUGGAUUGUAUUUCAUGGUACCCUGGCGCUGUCCUGUUUGCUCUUGAUAUCAAUCACCUGGUUGUUUGCUUCAGAUUUGAAUAUAUGCAUGCUCUAGUCAUAUAACACACACACACACACACACACACACACACACACACACACACCUCUUAAUGCUCUCACUAUCAAUUAUUAUAACUGCAUUCCUCCUUUAUGUUGAUGGGGAGGAUGGUAGCCUAGUGGGUAGUGUUUGUUCGCCAAGCCCAAUACACGCGUUCGAUACCCCACAUGCAUGAAGUCCACUCUUGCUGUGCGCCAUGAUGAUGAAGGACUAACAUGGUGAUAAAGGCGUUAAACACACUCUUCUCAACCAGUCUAAGUAAACUUAGGUUCAGUAUUAUUCGUUACACUGGUAUCCUUAGUAACACUGAGCCUAAAGUUAUUUAGCCUCUCUUCUCAAUAAACAUGGUCUACAGUCAAACCGGGGCGGUGGGGUAGCCUAAUGGUUAAAGCGUUGGCUCGUCACGCCGAAGACCCGGGUUCGAAUCCCCACAUGGGUACAAUGUGUGAAGCCCAUUUCUGGUGUCCCCCGCCGUGAUGUUGCUGGAAUAUUGCUAAAAGCGGCGUAAAACAAAACUCAGUCAGUCAGUCUACAGUCAAACCACUUUAAUCUUCAAUAUCAUACCGUCCAAUUAUGAAAUAAUAGACUAUAAAGUUCUCAUUCUGAAGGACACCACACAACGCAUGGCAUUUUACUUAAUUCGGUAAGGAAUACGUUUUUAGUUAAGGCUCAGGAAUGUGUAUGUUUGUAAACAAACAUUGCAUCGCUGUUGCUCAUGCACAAAUAUUAUGUUUACGUCUGGGCCAUAAAUAAAUUAGGUAAGGGCUAGCAGUUAGCGGGCUUAGUUUAUAGCUGCUGUUUGACAAAUAGCCAAUUGUGUUGAUUGAUUUGGAUUAUUGGCUAUAGACCACAAGCAGAGUUACAGUACAUCUUGGGGGGCAGCGCACCUGUCGCCAAGGAAACGCCACUGCUACCGACACCUGUUUAUAAUAUUUCUGUCAGAUUAGCUCUAUGUGGCUUCAUUUUGAUUGCUUUCCGUAUGGGAUGUAAUGAUUAUUGUUAUAAACCUGGAAUAACUCGGAAUUCUUCACAUGGGCAAAUUGUAUUAAAGUGACUGUUCUUUUGGAUUCA